AUGGACGGACGACCCUUCCACCCGACCAACCCAGGCACCCACAAUCCCACCCCGCCUCUGGAAUGGCCCCAGAACACCCCUCUCGACGCACACCGUGACCCAACCCCGUCUCGCGGCCUCGAACGUCUCUCCACCAGCAACCUGCGCACAGCUUUCCGCACCACGGUCUCCUCCUCCCAUAACACCAUCCGCGCAGUGACACCCGAGUUCUCGAGUCGAGAGGAUAGCGCGCAUGCCAACGCCCACGCUCACACCCAUGCCCACCACGCCCACAACCACCACGAUCACGCAUCUGCCGCCCCAGCUCUCCCCGCCCGAACGCAACUCGGCUCCACCUCGCCUCAGAGCUCCCCGCGCUCCAUUCCGCGCCCGGGAGACAUGGUCAGACGCCAGGGUGUCGUGUUCAACGACACAUUCGGCGCGUCCUACGACAGUAACUCCUCGAGCCCGCCACCCCCGCGACAAACGAGCGGUAGCUUCCGCCCGCGUACCCAUACCAUGGAUGGCGCCUUUCGACAGCAGUAUGCGGCAGCGUCAUCUGUCGAGGGACGCCAUCGGGUCGGCUCGUUCUCUUCCUCCGGCUCGCAAGUUGUCUUCGACGACAAUCGACCACCGCCACCCCUCCCGAUCGAGUCGAUGGGAUAUCCCUCCAUAACGCAAACAAGACCACCAGAAAUCACCACGACAACAGGAAAGGAGAAGAAAGGAUCGAGCAGGCGCCUUAUCAAGCGCCAGUCUUCCCGACCUACAUCGCCGCAAAUAACCACUCCUUCCGUGGACUCGCUACCGAUACCGGUCCCAACUGAUGACGCGAACAAGGUCCUUCUUCUCAUGAAGACGCUCUGCGGUCGCAUGCGUGGUGAGAUUGAGUUCCAGACCGACCUCUCAUCGCCAUGGCAGAAUGGUAUUGGAUAUAUCGACGAGGAGAAAGGGUCGCUCAUGUUCGACUCCGGCCGUAACGGACCUUUCCACAACACACUCAUACAAGACCUUCGAGGCUGCCGAAUCACGCCCAUGGACCUGACGCAGCCUGAGCGGCGGUGCCUACAGAUUCUGUCCACAUCACCCAACCAGGUGUCGGUGGAGCUGCUGAUACACCCAACGCUGGCUGAUGAGCGGGAUUUGUGGUUGGCCGCCUUGCUUUGUUGGCAGCAGCUCAGACCCCCAAAGGUCAAAUUGUCCAACGGGAGCAACAACACGACACCAACGUCGGUUCGACCGCCAUUGCGAUCUCGCGGAUCUGAUGGCGCCGCCCCCAAGUCUACCAAUUUCAUCAAAGUCGGCCAGGUCAGGCUGUGGGACAAGGGUUUGGCGACAUCACCCCGAGCGAUCGUGAAGAGACCGUCGACGCGUGAUCUGCGGUCUCAGACAAUAUCCUGGAGGCUUGUGUCGUGCCUGCUUCAGGAGAACGGCGAGAUCAGGCUCACUACCAAUGACGGAGACUCGGUCAUUGCCGUGGUAGAGCUGUCACAGCUUUCGCGGUGCGCCAUCCAGCAACUCCAUAAAUCGGUGCUCGAUGAGGAGUAUUGCAUCGCCAUAUUCCCACAUUACUCGACCAUUUCAACACAGCUGUCCAUCUUCCGCCCAGUCUACAUGGCAUUCGAGAAUCGCUUACUCUUCGAAGUUUGGUUUGUGCUGCUGCGUGCAUUCGCGCUCCCGGACAUCUAUCGUUUAGACUCGCCCGGAACUGAACAGGUUCUCGAGAUUGUGGACUUGGAAGCGGAAUGGCCGGGCGAGAUUUUCCGAGUAGAGAAGACCAUCACGGUCCGCGUCACUGAGGCAAAGUUGAAGCAGAAGCUGGGAUCCCCAGAGUUGCCCCCACAUGACCGCCAUUCCAAGGCUGACAGCGAUCCGCUCAUCGGCAACUAUCUUGCAGAGGUCAUCCUCGAUGGAGAGGUUCGAGCGCGCACCCCACUGAAGUCGGGCACCAAAAAUCCAUAUUGGAGGGAAGAAUACCAGUUCAUCGACCUUCCUGCAGCACUGCCCUUCUUGUCAAUCAUCUUGAAGCGUGUCGAUGGCAACCUGGACAUGUUGCACCCGCAGCUUCAGCCAUCGGCCAAUGUGUCCAAGUUUGGAAACUUGUCUGAAGCUCUUUGCGGCGCCGUCGAUAUACCUUUGGAUCUCAUCGAUUCGGGGAAGGACCUUGAGCGCUGGUUCGAGGUGCUCGAUGUGCGGCAGCACUUUGUAGGAACCAUGCUGGUCAAGGUUCAUUACGAAGAGCUCGUGGUCCUGCAUUCAAAUGAGUACCAGGCUCUUUCGAACCUGCUGCAUAGCUUCCCAUCGGGCCUGACCACCCAGAUUGCGCACGCCCUUCCUGGCCCAGCUACGGAAAAUUGUCGGAGAUUUUCCUCAACAUCUUCCAACCGCCUCAAGUCCAACGAGUCUCUGGAAUCUGCAAGCGACCGUGAGCAGCUGGUACGCGAAACGGGCAAAUCGCUCGCUGGUGAGGCCAAUCUACUUUUCAGGGGCAACACGCUUUUCACUCAGGCGCUCGAGUUUCACAUGAGACGAUCCGGAAAAGAAUAUCUUGAGACCAUUUUGCAGGCCAAAAUCAGCGAAAUCAACGAGAUGAACCCGAAUUGCGAGGUGGAUCCCAGCAAGCUGAAGCCCGGCGAAGAUUUGGCUCAAAAUUGGAACCGCCUGCUACAGGCAGCCACCGAGGUUUGGCAGUGCAUUGCAAAGGAGCCUACGAAAUGCCCUUCGGAGCUGCGGUCGAUUCUCAAGUACGUCCGCGCUGUAGCGGAAGACCGAUAUGGCGACUGGCUACGGACAGUCACCUACACCAGUGUUUCUGGCUUCCUCUUCCUCCGAUUCAUUUGUCCGGCAAUCCUGAGUCCAAAGCUUUUCGGGCUCCUCCGAGACCAUCCCCGACCACGGGCGCAACGAACGUUCACGUUGAUUGCGAAGGCUCUUCAGGCACUGGGUAACCUUUCGACGUUCGGCAAGAAAGAGGAGUGGAUGGAGCCUAUGAACAAGUUUUUGACUGCCCAGCGACAGUCGGUCAGGGAAUACAUCGAUGCCAUCUGCGCCAUCCCCGUGGAGCGGAACAAGGUUGCUCUUGGACCAUCUUACUCGACCCCUAUCACAAUCCUCGGCCGUCUGUCGCCAAACGCACGCGAAGGCUUCCCUGCGCUGCCCUUUGUCAUCGACCACGCCCGCAACUUUGCUGCCCUCAUCAAGCUCUGGGCAGACGUCAACCCGUUCGCGAAUUUGGGCUCCAAAAUACCACACGCCAAUGGUGGAGGAGAGGACGACGUCUUGAUCUUCAAUGACAUGUGUCUCGACCUACAGAGGCGCACGGACAUCUGCCACGCCAAGAUGGAGGAAUAUCGGGCAAUCGAGGGUGGACCUAACCCAGUGUCGGAGCUUGCCGAUGUUCUUGAGCAGAGCACCCUCGAUGCGAUCAACCAGUCUUGCAGCACGCCGACUCAGGCUAUGCCAUCUCCGGAUAGCUACGGCUACAGAUCCGACGCCGGCCUUCGCCCACCUCGAUCUGCAGGCAGUGACGUGGCCCCCGACGCCUCUCAACCAUCUCGACGAAGUAAAGAACAUCGUCGGGGACGAGAGAUGUCGAAUCCUACACGGCAUGCAUCUGGCCAGUCCGAAGUCACAUUUGCGACAAAUAUUUCUUCCGGCAGUGGCGGCACUCUGAAGCGAAAUGGGGGUAGCAGAUCCACCCGCACGAUCCUAUCUGGGAUCAUGAAGCCGUUCGCGCGGAGCGACUCGCCAGAACAUGCAUCACCUACCAUUAGAUCCGGGAAGAGUCAGGAGCGUACGAAACAUCACGGCAACUGA